AUGGCUAUGUACUACUAUGCUAGCAAGCUAUCAGCAGUCGCAUGCGGUACUCGCUGCCGGCAAGGAUUAGCACGCCGCCAGCGGACCAAUCGCACCAACCGGCAGGGCCAGGGCGGCAAGAAGGACGACGAUGAAGACUCCGACGAUAAUAGCAAAGAUAAAAAGGCACUCACGAACUUCUUCUGCGAAAGCACCAACGAUACUAUUGUGAUAUCAGUGAAGUCGUCCGAGCAACCGGAAGUGUGCUGCGAAAGUACGCCAACCCUUGCGCACUCGCUAGGCAGUCUCGGGACGGGCGGCAUUAUGUACGGUAACGGAACCAUUGUUUCCGGUCCGCUGGAAUCGCUAAUAGAUUUACUGAUGCCUGGCAAUGUGGAAGAAUUCGAUCAGGACUACGUGUUUUCCUUUCUGCUGUCGGCCAGAUUUUUCAUCCGCUCGUACGAGCUGCUCGGGAAGCUGCUGGAAUCGAUACCGGAACCGGACCCGCUCGAGCGCAUCGUGCCCCUGCUCGGCGUCUGGACGCGUAUGUUCCCGUACGAUUUUCGCGACGAGCGCAUGAUGAAUCACGUCAAACAUAUCGUAGCUAGAUGUGCGGACACCAAGCUCGCGAACGUGGUGCCCCAACUACUGUGUGCCUUGCUGGCUCGACUUACCGAGCUGGAAAACCACGAGGAAGAGCUCCGAAGCUAUCAAUCAACCGUAGACAAUAAGACUGAAUCGAUCAGCUGGCCGACGGCAACGCAACUAGCCCAGCUACUGUGCCGCAUCGAGCGCAAGCUCGCCAAACACGUCGGUCCGGAGGAGUUUGUGCAGUGCAGCCCCAACCUGCUGAAAGACCCCAACCGGGAAGACUUUACACCGAAAACGGCGUCCACAGGCACAUCCGGCGGAUCCGGUGCUGGUCACGGAACAUCACUCGACGGCAAGAAAACCUGCAACCUGGAAAGCUACCUAGAAUGGUCGGCCCGAUUGCGGUUGCUGGUGGCGAACGAGAUACUGAAGUGCCGAAACAUUCUGGAUCGCAACAAACAGUUCGAGCUGUGGAGCGGUGCCGCCCAAUAUUGCCUGCUCGUUGGAAACUACAACAGCGCAACGGCCAUUCUGGAAUCGUUUGAUCUUCCACCCGUCGCCCGGCUGCAAGUCACGUGGAGCAAAUUGUCAUCGACAACGAGCCAACAGCUCGACUGUAUGCAGCGGCACGCCGAAGGUUGCGGUAGCCUCUGGAGCAAACAGACGGAACAGCACGGAAAUGGUGGCACCGAUGGACGCCGUUCCAUGCUGCAAACGGCGUUAGGCGAUGGAUCUUCCAAACCAUCGACAUCGAGCAGCUCGACAUCGGUCGCGACCGGAAGCGGGGUGACCAGAUCGACUUCCAACGAAUGGGUCGUGAUUCCGGUUUUUGUCGACAUCAUCAAGCUUGCCCUGAAGGCGAGAGAGGACUGUUGCGUACGGCUCCCGAAUGGUCACAUAAACAUGACAGCAUUCGAUCGAUUGGCAGCCAUCGUCGGAGCGUUUACCAAGCACAUGAUCCAGGUCAAUCAAACGCUGCCGGACGUCGGACAGUACGCGACACUCUGUCAGUUCAUGCAAAGUUGUAAGCUCCUCAACGAAACAGAGCUUAUGCUGGCAUCGUUCGAAUGUGAAGCACCAACGCCAGCCGAGAAGGAAUUGUACGACGUUGCAUAG